CUUGAUUCGGAUUUUGUACUCACCUUUCCUGAUACUAAAGCCACGAUUGCGAAUAUGGCCUCCACUACACUCAGUUCUCCUUUGGCGGAAGCAACCGUAUCCAUGUGGGUCCAAACCACGGACACAGAGAGAUCAGGAACACCUUUAUCCUAUGCAGUUGCUUCAGUGAAUGCUUUUGAUGGAGAUGGGAAUAUUGUAGAUAAUGCUUUGACAGUCACAGAUUGUAAUGGAGUGGAAAUUUAUGUGAACAACCAACCCCUGGUGACAGAUUUGCAGAUGACAGAUGGUCAGUGGCAUCACCUAGCGUUUUCAUGGUCGUCUGAAAAUUCAGGCAUGUGGACUCUGUACAAAGAUGGUGAACUGAAAGCACAAGGCAGUGAUCUUCGUCCAAAUGAUGUUAUUGCUGGAGGUGGAACAGUAGUUAUUGGGCAGGAACAGGAUAUAAUUGGAGGUGGUUUCAGCCCUAGAGAAACCUUUACAGGAAACAUAACUAGGGUCAAUAUCUGGAAUAAUUAUUUUUCAAAGAGCAAUAUAAGUCGUUUAUGCAACAUGGAUGAUGACAUACCUGGUAAAGUAGUUGCAUGGCCAGACUUUUUACAAGGAGUUAGAGGAGAUAUCAAAGUACUGAAGAAUAUAAAUCCCAUUUUGAGAAUAAACGAUCUGACACAGAAUAUCUAGGCAAUAUUAUAACAUAAUACAGAUGCACACAACUUCUCUCCCAAGACUUUCUGCUUAACUUUGGCCUGAAUACAGUAUGCCUCCUGGAGAUGUCCAAUCUAAAAUAAUUAAUUAUUCCAUCUUCAGUGAUAGUUUUAAUAUACUACAUCUUGGUCAACCAGUUACACACAUACACUUGAGGGGGGGGAAACUUAUUUUAUGACGUGCGAAUAAAUUUGUCAUGCAAUCCUAUGAUGAAGAAAAUAAGCAUGCAUCUAUUUAUAAAUUUAGCCGUUAUUGGUUCAUGCAACAAAAUAUUUUUGUUUAACCCAUGAUUUAUAUCAUUGGAAUUACUGCUUGCUAGCAAAUUUUCAUAAGCUGAUCUCCAAAGAAAAACAAAUAUCAGUAUUUUUCAUAGCAUUUUUUAAGACAUAUGUACAUAAUAAUAUGUAUUAUAACUUAAUAACCAUUGUCUUCAUAUGCAAAAAUUUAUUCAUUAACAAUAAAUAAGAGCACAAAUAGACAUCCUUAUAAAAACAGAAAUAAAACAAACAUUAUUCAACACACAUUCAAAUGACCACAUGAAAAAUGAUUAAAUGAAAAUGAAAUUUGUUGGAUUAGAGAGAAAUAAAAAACCAAAUCCUGGGAUAAAUUCAAGGUAACAAUAAAUAAAUAAAUAAAUAAAUAAAAGGAAAGCAAAUUUUCCCGUUUUAUUUGGGAAAAAAAAUGUAGAACCCAAUAUUUGGGAAUUUUUUUCGACAAAUACAAGUCUAGUGAAUUUAUAUACUCAUAACAAAAAUUUUUUAGUAGUAUUGAAAAAAUACAAUUAUAAGCAAAUAUCUGUUAUUAAAUUGUUUUAACAAUAAAUAUAUAAUUUUUUACAAGUUUCCUUUAUAUAUCAUAUUAAUUAUAUCUCAUGCAAAGAUUUAUGACACAUAUUAUUUUUAUAAAUAAAGAACUUGAUACAGAAUUAUGAUAAAAUGUUAAAUGUUUACAAAUCUUGUUCAUAAAUAUGAUAUUUUCUCCAUAAAGAUUACAUUCAGAUAAAGUCAUGAGGAAUGUAAACAGUUGAAUUUUUCAAACUAAUAAAUAUACAAAUAUAAAUAAUGUAUAUUUAAAUAAUAUGAAAUGCAUACUAAUGUUUUUUUAAUCACUGCUAAAAACUGAUAUUUUUAUCACUGAUGCAGCACAUGUAUCGAUCGUAAUAUGAUCAUUAUAUUUUAAAACUAAAAAUACUGUUAAUUUACAGCUGCUUGUCAUAUUUGUAUAAUGCAACAGCGGCCUGUUAAACAUUUUUAUGUGGCCCGCCAAGCAUUUCUAAAGUUGAAUUUAUUUUAUUGACUUUCUCCCAUAAAUACAUUGUUAUAAAAAUAAUUAUAAUAAAAUGGUAGUACAUACUAAACCGAAACAAUUUUUUGUGAAGAGUUACUCACUUGUCGGCGACUUGUUCAAACAUGCAAUACAAACACGCCGCGUCUGUGCUUGUUUGGGUUUGCUUCUGUCACACAAUCAGUCGGACUGGUAAGCUGUUAACUAGCAAUUUUAGCAAUUCAUGUGUUUCUUGAAAGGCGUGAGUGCAAUAUUAUUUUCAAAAAGGUGUAGGCUACAUAGCCGCACUUGUGCUGGCAAGCCAUUUUCAGGUAGUGACACUUAUUGACGGAAAACGAAAGCGCUAAUAACUACUACUACUUUCGCUUCUAGCCGGGAAUUCCCUGUCACCUGCAAACAGAGUAGUUACGUUCUUAAAAAGUAGAAGCCGCGUGCUAGAGAGAAGAAAUAAAGAUGUUGUUAUGCGAAA